GGCCCGAGUCGGGGCGGUCGCGGGCGCAGCGUCCGGCCGGGUGGGAAGGGGCUUCCCGGCCGCCACCUCCGCCCGCCUCUCUGCUGUCAGCGAGGCGCGGGGCAAGGAGGGCCUGCGGCCCCACGGUCAGUGAGGAGGCCUCGCCGGGCGCCAGGAAAUAUUAGGAAGACGUGCUUUUCAAAGCUAAUUAUGAAGACAUUUGUCAUUGGAAUCGGCGGAGUGACAAAUGGUGGAAAGACAACACUGGCUAAAAAUUUGCAGAAACACCUCACAAACUGUAGUGUCAUAUCUCAAGAUGACUUCUUCAAGCCAGAAUCUGAGAUAGAGAAAGAUAAAAAUGGAUUUUUACAGUACGAUGUGCUUGAAGCACUUAACAUGGAAAAAAUGAUGGCAGCCAUUUCCUGCUGGAUGGAGAAUCCAGGACACUGUCUGGGAUCAACUGGCAGCAGGACAGAGGAAAUUCCCAUUUUAAUCAUCGAAGGUUUUCUUCUGUUUAAUUAUAAGCCCCUUGACACUAUAUGGAAUAGAAGCUAUUUCCUGACCAUCCCAUACGAAGAGUGUAAGAGGAGAAGGAGUACGAGAGUCUACGAGCCCCCAGACCCCCCUGGGUACUUUGAUGGGCACGUGUGGCCCAUGUACCUGAAGCACAGGCGAGAGAUGGACAGCGUCACCUGUGAGGUUGUGUACCUGGAUGGAACCAGAUCUGAGGAAGACCUCUUUUUACAAGUAUACGAAGAUCUUACACAAGAGCUAGCAAACCAAAGUGCAAGUACUAUGGUAGCAAAUGGGAUGGUGAAGAACGGAGAGGCAGGAAAAUAGUUCAUCAGAUGUGCAGGAAUGGUACACCGAGGGGAUUGUAUUCAUUCCCUCUUUGCUUUGAGGAUAAUUCAGAAGCAGAAAUUUAGCGUGGGUGUGAAGACCUGAUUCUUUUGUCAGGAUGUUUUUAGGCGUGAAAAUAUUUACCCUUCAUAUUCUCUCUCUCUCUCUCUCUCUCUCUCUCUCUCUCCCCCCCCUCCCUCUCCCUUCCUCCCUCCUCUGUUAUAUCUCUUAAUGAUAUUUAUGUUAUUUAGUUUAAAAUUUUGGUAAAUGGCUGUCCCAAUGAGACUGAUAUUAUCCUAUUAGAAGAGUGAAAUUAAAAUGCUGAUGAUUUUAAUACA